AUGGGCAUUCAGCAUCAAGAUGGUGUUGGAUCAUGUGAUUGUGGUCCAAAAAGAAUAAUUGCUUCCACCCUAGGAGGAAUUCUUACGUCUUUAGUUAUGACUCCACUGGACGUUGUCAAAAUACGCAUGCAGUCUGCUUCAAAACAUGGCAAUUGUUUUCUGUACUGUAAUGGGCUGAUGGAUCAUCUUUGUGCCUGUGAAAAUGGGGUUAGCCUGGCAGGGACUCGAUCAAAGCCUUGGUUUAGGCCGAGGAGAAAUUUCAAAUCCUUUUGGGUGCGUACCCAACCCUGUUACCAUCCGGAAGGCAUUGCAUGUUGCAUUUUCCACUCUGGUUUGAGGCAUCUUCGUAUUCCCCAAACUGUAAAUAGCUUCACUUAUAGAAUGUCCUCCGCUGAAGCCCUUUCUACCAUCGUCAAAACAGAGGGUAUGCUGUCUCUUUGGAGUGGUUUGUCACCAACGCUGAUGAUGGCUCUUCCGCAGACAGUUAUGUAUUAUUCACUCAAUGAUUGGCUUAAGCACCGGAUUAGCCUAUACUACAUUUCAAGUGAAUGUCAAGUUUAUCAGACCACCCAAUUUAUGAAUAUUAUACCUCCUAUUGUUGGUGUUAUAUCGCGGGUUUUUUCUGUGUUCACGAUUUCGCCAUUGGAACUUAUGCGUACAAAGCUGCAGUCAAAACCGAUGACUGUACGAUCAUUUUAUGAAACUGCCAGGUCUACUGUAAUUCAGGGUGGCAUCCGAAGCUUAUGGAUUGGCGUAGGUCCAACACUUCUUCGUGAUGUGCCUUUCUCGGCAAUAUUUUGGUAUACUUACGACUAUAACAAAAACAAAUACCGCCAAACUCGCUUGCAGGUCUCAUCAAAUGAAGAAGCUUCAGCAACUCUAGAGUUCCCAGUGGUCUUUUUCUACGGAGCCACUGCUGGCUUUGCUGCUGGGGUGAUUACACAUCCGUUUGAUGUAAUUAAAACUCACCGUCAGUUAGAGCUGGGUGCAGCUCUUUUUGGUCAAAAGGCAUAUUCGAAAUCGACGUGGAAAGCCCUCCAGCAGCUUUACAAACAGAAGGGUGUUGAGGCUCUUUUUAGUGGUUUUACACCGAGACUUUUGAAAACAACUACUGCAUCAGCAUUGAUGGUCUCCGUAUUUGAGGUGGUGAAACAGAGUCUACCGAAGUAG